AUGAUUCCACUUCGGCAGAUCGCUCGCCAGAGCGACCGGGUGCGACUGGGGUCGAUUGUCCCAAUUCGUCAAUUUUCCGUUUCUCGCUCUGUCGCCGCGGAGGGCGACGGUAAACCACGGACCCCCUCAUCGAAUCUAAAGUCUGCCGCAUCGAAAUCAAAGCCUCCAAAGUCUGCCGCGGCUUCUUCGUUCAAGCCUCGCCCUUCAAGUAAACCUCCAGGAUCCGGACCACCAAACAGACCUCGGACCGCGAAAGCUCUAGAUGCGAGAGCAUUUGCUGCACCAAGAGCUGGUGGUGAACAAGCCAAAGUCAUUCGCAGCCCCCGGAGUCGUACCGCUCGAGGCGGAAACCAACCCCAGGGCAAGCCCAAGCCUGCGGCCAAGAAGAACCAACGGAAACCUAGAACUAGGGUGUCAAGGAAGACAGAAUCGGAUGAGGGCGAGGAUGUCAUUGCCGCCGCAAUUGAACAAAUUGAGCAAGAAAAAGUGAUCAAGGCUCGGCCGACUCCGGUUCGCUAUGAGCCCCAGGAGAUCGAUUUCACCUCGCUCCAACAGACUUGGCCUUCUCUCCCAACCGACACAAACGCUCGAUCUGCGGCAGUUCUGGAAAAACUCUCCAGCCUCAGUGGUCGCUUCCCCAAUGGAUAUGUCCCUCCCUACGAGCUGGGUAGACGGAUCUGGAAGGGCCAGAACGUCUUGUUCCACAGCGAGGCGGAAAGGAUGGAGGCAAUGGAAGAGGUCAAGCGAUUGGCUAAGGCUCGUGCGGACAAGAUGUCUCAGCAAAAGGGUGAUCUUGUCGAGCCUCGUGAUAUCGAGUUCAAUGCCAUUAAGACGGAAGAAUCCAAGAUUCUGCUUGAAACGUAUGCCCAAGGGAAAUACCCAACUGUGGAGGUCGUUCAGGGUAAACCGGCGGUGCUUGGGGAGGUGAUGAAGAAUCUCCGCAACAACGGAACUUACCAAACCACGGGCAAGAGGCCGCAGUUUUUGGCCAAGGUUGAAUCCCUCCUGGCCUCCGGUCGGGUCAAGCGUUGA